AAAAGCAGGUGAUAAUUACUCUCGACCGUCUUGGGAGAGAGCGAAGCGUCAUCGGUCUUUCUUUAUAAACCCUAAAAUCCUAUUUCACUGCCCAAAAACUUUAUCGAUUCCACCAUUAGGGCGAACGCGAAAUCUGGGUUAGUAGUUUUGUGACGGUGAGAUCGAUGGCGACGACAGGGAAUGCAACGGUUGCGACGGGAACUUCGACGGUGGCGAAGAGAAAACCGGUGUUUGUGAAAGUGGAGCAGCUAAAGCCUGGAACGAACGGUCACACGUUGACUGUUAAGGUCGUUGAUGCUAAUACGGUGGUUCCUGUUACCCGGAAGGCUCGUCCUGGGACUUCUCUGAGUCGUCCGUCUCAGCCGAGUCGAAUCGCCGAGUGUCUCAUCGGAGACGAGACCGGAUGUAUUCUCUUCACUGCUCGUAACGAUCAAGUUGAUCUGAUGAAGCCAGGGGAGACUGUGAUACUGCGCAAUUCGAGGAUAGACAUGUUCAAGGGUACAAUGAGGCUAGGGGUUGAUAAAUGGGGACGCAUCGAAGCCACUGAGCCCGCGGCUUUCACAGUCAAGGAGGAUAACAAUCUGUCUCUUGUUGAAUACGAGCUGAUUAAUGUACCAGAUCAGUGAAUCUUAUAAGUAUGUUUAUGGAAAAGAUAACCCCUGCGAGAGUGUUUGCUUCUUAUUCUAAGGUCUACUUAUGAUUUUUAGAUGAUGAGGGUUUGUAUGACUGGUUCUAGUAGGAAUGCUUUUCUUUUUACCCUAAUGCAGUUAAAAGACCAUUGUUGAGAGCUUGUUCACUAUCUAAUGCAGUUAAAUAAGUUUUCAUUCUUCAAGUUGCUCUCUUUUUUUUCUCAUUCUUCAAGCACAUGUUUUCAGUUUUUUCUUUGUGUUCA